AUGAAAAGGGAAAGUGUUUUCUUAGGUUUCUUCAACUCUGAGUAGUAUUAGAGAAUCGAUCUGUGAUCGAUUAAGCCACUAAUUGAUACAUAUUGUCAUCUUCUUUAAGCUGUCUGAAGUCUCACUGUGAUUAGCGGAUUCAAAUCGACAGAAUCAGCACGUUGACUAUGGAUCUCUGGCUGCUUUAGUACAAAACUCCUAUGGUCAUUACUUAAGAGCACACAGAUUUGAGUCAAAUUCUAUAUUGGAGUCAUUGCAAGUCAAAACAGAGACGCUACAACUUCAAAAGAUUAAACUCUUCAGUUGGAUCAUAUCGACAUACAUUUCUUCUUCUUGGAGCCAAUGGUUGAAGGGUUCCUACUAAUGAUGUUCCUCCUUGUUUCACAUUUAUUCGUCUUAGGUGUAAUGUCAAGAAACUUUACUAUAGACAACAAAUGCGAUUACACUGUCUGGCCAGGAAUCUUAACCAUGGCUACUGACCUUUCGCUUUCCACCACCGGCUUUUCCCUCAAGAAAGGCGAGUCACGUGUCAUCUAUGUGCCACCGUCAUGGACAGGUCGUUUGUGGGGCAGAUCGCUCUGCUCCACCAGCUCAACAGGGAACUUCUCCUGUGCCACGGGAGACUGCGGCUCCGGAAAAAUCGAAUGUUCUGGAGCCGGAGCAUCGUCUCCAACGACGAUAAUCGAUUUUACCCUUGACGGUCCCAAUGAUGAAGACUACUAUGAUGUAACUGUCUCGUAUGGUUACAACCUUCCGUUGGUUGUUGUCCCACGGCUUUCAGGGAGUGGCCGGACAUGUAGCACCGUUGGUUGUGUGGUCAACUUGAACAAGACGUGUCCGUCCGAGCUUAGGGUGAUGGGAAGCUCCAACAAGGAACAGCCCAUUGCUUGCAUGAACGCUUGUGACAAAUUCGGGUUGCCGGAGUUUUGCUGCUACGGUGAAUAUGGCACACCUGAAAAAUGCAAACCGACGCUUUACUCCAAGAAUUUCAAGAACGAGUGUCCACUCGCUUAUAGCUAUGCUUAUGACGAUAGUAACACCACGGUCAGAUGCUCAAACUUAGCUAACUACAUCAUCACCUUUUGCCCGCCGAUUACUUUGAACGCCAACAACAACGACAUCAGCUCAGCGUCUCAACCCUCCAAGGAAACUAAUGGAAGAACAAAACGAAAAUUAUCAUCGAAGUUAAAACUCAUAAUUGGAGUCACAGCAGCAGCUCUACCCAUCGUGAUCAUGAUUUUCGUCGUAAUAAUAUUGAGAACAAAGAAUGAAAGAGAGAGUGAUUGGAAUGACCAGAAUGUUGAAGCAGUUGUAAUGUUGAAACGAUAUAGUUAUACAAGAAUCAAGAAGAUGACAAACUCAUUUGCGCAUGUUCUCGGGAAAGGAGGAUUUGGAAUUGUCUACAAAGGAAAGUUACCUGAUCGCGGUAGGGAUGUUGCGGUGAAGAUCUUGAAGGAAACAGAGGGGAAUGGAGAAGAGUUCAUCAAUGAAGUAGCUAGCAUGAGUAGAACAUCUCAUGUCAACAUUGUUUCUCUCCUUGGGUUCUGUUAUGAAAGGAACAAGAAAGCUAUAAUCUACGAGUACAUGCCGAAAGGAUCCCUCGACAAGUUUAUUUCUAAGAACAUGUCAACCAAGAGGGAUUGGGAAAGAUUAUAUGACAUUGCGAUAGGUGUUUCUCGCGGCCUAGAGUAUUUACACAAUCGUUGUGUCACGAGGAUUGUGCAUUUCGACAUAAAGCCACAGAACAUUUUGAUGGACGAAAACCUUUGCCCUAAGAUUUCAGAUUUUGGUCUUGCUAAACUCUGUAAAAAUAAAGAGAGCAUCAUAUCAAUGCUACACAUGAGAGGGACUUUUGGAUACAUUUCCCCUGAAAUGUUUUCCAAAAACUUUGGAGCAGUUUCGCAUAAAUCAGAUGUUUAUAGUUAUGGGAUGGUUGUUCUUGAGAUGAUUGGAGCAAAGAAUAUAGAAAGGGUUGAAUAUUCUGGAUCCAACAAUAGUUCAAAGUACUUUCCAGAUUGGGUCUAUAAAGAUUGUGAGAGGGGAGAUAUCUCAAGGACUUUUGGAGAUAGUAUUAUAACUGAUGAAGAAGAGAAAAUUGCGAAGAAAUUGGUAUUGGUUGCUCUAUGGUGUAUUCAGAUGAAUCCAUCUGACCGUCCACCAAUGAUCAAAGUUAUUGAAAUGUUAGAGGGGAACCUAGAAGCUCUCCAAGUUCCACCAAACCCUUUCUUGCUUUCACCCGGGGCAACGGUUCCAGAAACUCUUGGCGAUAGUAAUGAGACUUCUACGGUUCUAGAAACUCUUGAAGAUAGUAAUGAGACUUCAGCCUUCUUUAAUCCAAGUCAUUAAGAAAGAGGUACUUGCGUGACUAGUGAAGAUGGUUUAUACUUUUCCAAAGAAGUGCUUCGACAAACUGUUGAAGAGAGACAACAUGGGUCAAGAUCCUCCUAAACUAAAGUCAACCGGAGAAAGGAUGAUCUUAAAACUUGUCAAGAUCUUUGAGAUAGUCUUUUCGAUUUGUUUUUAGAAACUUCUGACUUAACUAGUGUUAACUCUAUGAUUAUUAGAUGAUGUUUAAUUAUUGACGCUGACACUCAACAUUGUUGGUUAAUGAAUACUAAUUUCUGUUU